AUGUCUCCGAACCCUUCCACGGAAAAUGAAAUUAUAGUGGCCAAUGUGAGCGACUUAGCGAUGCGCGAGGAAACUCAGCAAGUGGAAGAUACGGGAAUGUAUGCCAAGUUUUCAAGUGUUGUCUUGAUCACAAUUCCGGCUUUCGGCAAGAUCUACACACUCUUCUCUAGUAAAUUUGUCUUUCUAGCAUCACUGCUAAUUUUCGAGAUUGAAAGCGUUGUAUGUGCUACUUUGCCGAAUUCUCCUGAUUUCAUCCUUGGGCGGGCGUUGGCAGGCCUUGGGUCUGCUGGAAUACAAGCAGGCACUACACUCAUCCUCGCCGAAUGUGUUCCGCUACGCCAGCGACCGACAUGGAACAGCAUUAUUGGAAGUAUCUUUGCAGUUGGGAGCGUGGCUGGACCUUUAUCAAGUAGGGAGGGUCUUUCUCAGACUCCACGACAUGGCGUUGGUGUUUUUACAUCAAUCUGCCGAAAUUAUUUUCAUCGCUUUCUUUAUGAAGGUAGUCGUGGCCGCAAAAAUAUAUCCAAUUCAACAGGAUUUAGUAGCCAAGUCGCAAGAUUCGACUUGGCUGGUACUUUCACCUUCAUGUCAGCAACGAUUUCUCUUCCCUUAGCACUAUCAUGGUGUGGAACCACCUAUACAUGGGGAAUUACACGCAUUGUAGCGCUACUAACCCUCGCCGGUGUCCUAUUCUGUUCGUUCUUCGGUAUCGAAUACCGGAUGAAAGAUAGUGCCAUUAUACCUUCACGUUUACUACGCCGACGAAGCAUAAUUGCAGCGAUAUGGUUCGCCUCUGUCUUUGAGGGCGCUUUGGUUUCAAUUAGUCCAUCGUGUCUCUGUCAUCAAGUCUUCCAUUCUGUUCAUUCCAUUCAUAAUCAGUGUCGUUGGCGGAUUUAUGUUUGCUGGCUUUGGACUGCUGCAACUGGAUAUUAUACGCCGUUCGUCUACGCUGGGUCAAUUAUCAUGCCGAUAAGUACUGGUCUUCUGAUGGCUGUUCAGCCUCAGUACAAUUCACGGGCAAAAUGGGUUAGAUUUCAGAUACUUAUCGGAGCUGGAGUCGGCCUAGGAGAAGAACAAGGACUUUAUAUGGUGCAAACAACGCUCCCGGAGAUUGACGUCGCAACUGGCAUCGGUAUUAUUUUGUUCGCUCAGAUUUUCGGCGUAGCACUUUUCGUGCCAGUUGCACAGGAAAUUUUCCUUGAAAAUAUCAGCAAGGCACUAAGAACGCUGGCCCCAAACUUGGAUCCUCACUCUGUUCUGGACGGCGCAAUGACGGCUUUUCCUGGCGAUUAUUCUACUGAGACAUCAGCAGAAUUGCAAUCAGUGUAUGGUGUUGCGACUAAAGAAGCUCUGCGCGUUGGACUUCUACUCGCAACGAUAUCGAUUGUGGGAGCCCUGAUGUACGAUUGGAAGAGUUUGAAGACUAAGCAUAAUAAAAGGAGUGAUGAACGUAAUAGUGACAAUAAGUUGGAUCAAUUCGCAGGCGUUUAA